AGGAUUGAAUCAAUCUAUACAAAUUGACGAUGGUAGAUAGAAAAAGGGCCUAUUCGGUGAAGUCAGACGAUGAAGAGAGCGAGCCUACGAUGAAGAAAACCAGAAUAAAGGAAGAGGAAGAGGACGACGACGAGGAUGAUAAGCCGAUUAAACAAGAAGCACAAGAGAAAGAAGAAUCCAAUGGCAAGAACGAUGAAGACGAAGACGACGAUGACGACGAUGACGAUGAUGAUGAAGAGGAAAGAAAAAGAACCACGACGUUCAAUUUCGAUGGGGUCACUUACUCAUUUAAAGAAAGACCGUCAGUCCUUGAAGAGAAAGAAGGUAAGAUUGAAUUCAGAGUGGUUAAUAACGAUAAUACUAAAGAAAAUUUGAUUGUGUUAACGGGUCUUAAGAACAUUUUCCAAAAACAAUUGCCCAAAAUGCCCCGAGAAUAUAUUUCAAGAUUGGUAUACGAUCGAUCCCAUUUAUCAAUGGCAGUUGUUAGAAAACCAUUAACUGUUGUUGGGGGUAUAACUUAUCGACCAUUUAAUAAUCGAGAGUUUGCCGAAAUUGUUUUCUGUGCUAUUUCAUCUACUGAACAAGUCAGAGGUUAUGGUGCCCAUUUGAUGAAUCAUUUAAAAGAUUAUGUUCGGGCUACUUCUCCAAUUAAAUAUUUUUUAACCUAUGCUGAUAAUUAUGCAAUUGGUUAUUUCAAAAAACAAGGUUUCACUAAAGAAAUCUCUUUGGCUAAAUCAGUAUGGACCGGUUAUAUUAAAGAUUAUGAAGGAGGUACUCUAAUGCAAUGUGCAAUGUUACCUUCCAUCUUAAGAUACUUAGACCUGGGCAAAAUAUUAUUAUUGCAAAAAGCGGCCAUUGAAAAAAAAAUCAAAUUAAGAUCAAAAUCUCAUGUUGUUAGACCAGGCUUACAAAUCUUUAAAUCUAACAAAAAUAUUAAUCUCAAUCCGGCAAAAGAUAUUCCUGGUCUAGUGGAAAGUGGUUGGCUGGAAGAAAUGGACAAACUAGCUCAGAAACCUAAAAGAGGUCCUCAUUAUAACUUUAUGGUUACUUUAUUAUCGGAAUUAACUAAUCAUCCUUCAGCUUGGCCCUUUGCAGUACCAGUUAAUCGUGAAGAAGUUGGUGAUUAUUAUGAUGUCAUUAAAGAACCAAUGGAUUUAUCUACCAUGGAGCUGAAAUUAGAAAAUGAUAAGUAUGAAUCUUUUGAUCAAUUCUUAUAUGAUUCUAGACUAAUUUUCAAUAACUGUCGUGCUUAUAAUGCUGAAUCUACUACUUACUAUAAAAAUGCUUCUAAAUUAGAAAAAUUUAUGAAUAAUAAGAUAAAAGACAGUACGGAUUACGCUCACUAUCUUGAUUAA